GAUGAGAGUGUGGUAGAGGAAGGUGACUCUAAAAAGGGAUCAGACCGUAAUGAGUCUCUGACUGGUGUAGUGGUGGGACUGGCUGUAUUGCUCCUCGUCUCAGUGACUAUCAACCUACUGUUAGCUGCCCACUGGAUGUACACACUGAGAGGGAGGGGAACAAAGAGUGGUGGAGAGGAUCCCGGGAACCAGGAACAGCUCUAUGAGGACGUGGAUAGUGUUCAGCCACUCUAU